AUGGCCCAGUUUGGACACAAUCUAAAGCUAAAUGCCAAAAAAUGUAGUAUUUCUACAGUGAUCUAUGUGUGGCCUACAAAGCUGCAAAUUACCAAAUCCUGUUUGAUCUACUCAAACACCUCUAGGUGUCACUUAAGUAGCAAUGCAGGUGUAGCACCUAGUGUUACCUCUAGGUGUCACUCAAGUAGCAAUGCAGGUGUAGCACCUAGUGUUACCUCUAGAUGUCACUUAAGUAGCAAUGCAGGUGUAGAACCUAGUGUUACCUAUAGGUGUCACUUAAGUAGCAAUGCAGGUGUAGCACCUAGUGUUACCUCUAGAUGUCAAUUAAGUAGCAAUGCAGGUGUAGCACCUAGUGUUACCUCUAGUUGUCACUUAAGUAGCAAUGCAGGUGUAGCACCUAUUGUUACCUCUAGAUGUCACUUAAGUAGCAAUGCAGGUGUAGCACCUAGUGUUACCUCUAGAUGUCACUUAAGUAGCAAUGCAGGUGUAGAACCUAGUGUUACCUAUAGGUGUCACUUAAGUAGCAAUGCAGGUGUAGCACCUAGUGUUACCUCUAGAUGUCAAUUAAGUAGCAAUGCAGGUGUAGCACCUAGUGUUACCUCUAGUUGUCACUUAAGUAGCAAUGCAGGUGUAGCACCUAUUGUUACCUCUAGAUGUCACUUAAGUAGCAAUGCAGGUGUAGCACCUAGUGUUACCUCUAGAUGUCACUUAAGUAGCAAUGCAGGUUUAGCACCUAGUGUUACCUCUAGGUGUCACUUAAGUAGCAAUGCAGGUGUAGCACCUAGUGUUACCUCUAGGUGUCACUUAAGUAGCAAUGCAGGUGUAGCACCCAGUGUUACCUCUAAGUGUCACUUAAGUAGCAAUGCAGGUGUAGCACCUAGUGUUACCUCUAGUUGUCACUUGCAUAGCAAUGCAAAACUGGUAGCAACACAAAUACAAGAUCAUGAACCUAAGUCUAUACUGAAGCACAAACAGGAGCUGCUCGCAGGACAGGUAUCUCUCCUAAAGAAUUUCCUAUGGGUGUAACGAAAUCCCACUUUCUGUAAUGCAGACUAUGUCCCUCACUAUCUUCAAAUCUAAAUGAAAUGAAUAGAUGGGAGGCCACACAUUUUCUGCAGUCCUAGCCUCCUCAUUGCUUAUAUGGAGUGGGGGGUAAAUAUUUGGGUGUACCAGUGGGACUGUGGUUCCUAGGCAUCAAAAUAUUUACCCUUUCGAUUACCUAGAAAAAAAACAAUGAUAUUUUCUAGGCAGAUAGAUCGAUAGAUACAAUAAUGGCAUAAGGGAGAGGUUCUUAAUGACGUAUUCAAUGCCCCUCUUCAGCAUCCCCAUUCUGUCCCUUGCCAGUUUUCUGCACUUUUGUAUGGGUUCCUUAGUAAUGGAAGACGUACAUAGAUACCAGAAAAAGAUAAAUACAGAAAGUAUGAGAUUCCUGGUAACCUCUGCACUACGAUAUCGAUCAACAUAAGGUGUUAUUAUGAGGUGUAAGUAUGUACACCUUCAUUCAAUAACCUUACCCAAAAGAUUCCAGUUUCUGAAAACUACCCCCCCCGGAUUAUUUAUUUGUGUUUAAACUAGUAUUUGAAGUGAAGGUUUAUGCCUUUAAUCACUUCUGAUCCAUGAAACAAUCCAGUUGUUAAACAGAUUAUGACAUUUCCAGUUAAGACUGUGCAAUAUAUACUGAUUAAAAGAGAAAAGUCCCAUUAAUACUGAUGGCCUGUAUACUUUGUGUGACCCACCCUGCUAUGCAUAAAACCUUUAGCAACCUGCAAAGUAAACUGUGGCUCAGUGUUAAAAAACAACAGAGUUUGUGACACUACAUAUUGGGUUUUGAUUAUCCAUUCAAGGUACUUCAAGUCACCUGCAUGUGAUGCAGUAGUUCUAAUACAUGCACAUUCGGGAUAUGUCCACUAAUGUCAGUUGUUAGUGCAAGGCAUGCUGUCCUUGUCAUCCCCUGCAGUUAUGUGUCCAUUUGACUUGCACUGUAUAUCACUGAAUAGUUUGUGCAAUUCAAGUCAGAGAAGUAGUAGAAAGGACAGUUACGGAUGCUAAAUCCAGUUCUAGCGAGCUUCAUUUCAGAUCCAUGGCGGGUUUCCAAACCGCAAGUGACCCAAAACAAGUUUACUGAAAAUAUAAUUUCAGGCAUGUUUUGUGACACACUGGAGGAGGAACUAGUAGCCAGACAUGCAAAUCCUUAAAUCCUUCCCCUCAUAGGUAAAGGACACAUGAAACAUCUGUCUGAAAGCAGUUUCUCUGAGUGCUGGCAGUGCAAAACUACUUCACGAAAAAGAACUUUCAGCAAACUAUGAAUUUGCACUUUUCCCAACUAUUGUGCAACUGUAUACUUAUCACAAAUAAGUCUGUAGCAGAGGUCUCCUCCACAUGGUUUCAGUUCACUGAAAAUGGUUUUCAGAAUAACUGCUUUGCACUAUCUGUCAGAGUAGUGGGAUUUGAACCUAGUGUUUAGUCACAUUUCAAGUUUUUUUCAUAGAUACUUCUAGGCUUAAGGACACAGAAAUAGUUUCCUUUAAAUGUAAGCAGACUAUAAAAAUAAUUUCCAUUUUAAUUCUGCAGCCUAGUUGUUAUGCGGCAAUGAAGCAGACAGUAUAUGUUGCAAGCAGAGAAACAGGAUGCGGUCCUUGUGUCAUGCAAUCCUUACUGCUGAAGGAAACUGCAAAUAAUCAGAGUUUGCUUCACAAUACAGCUGUCAGAGUUCAACAGUUGCGUGUAUUGAUAUGGCAUUUCCUUACAGAGAGUUAUUCACCUUAAUGAAUAAUUUUAUAAUUAUUCUUUGUUGACCAGAUUGGUCUCACGAGCCCCUUUUCAAGGGAGACUACAGAUAGUAUUAUACUACUAGGGGAAAUUUGGCCAGGGCAUUGAUGAACUUGCCCUAAUCUUUUUUAUAGGUGCUGUGGGAUCUUUUACAUCCACCUGAACUACCACCAACUCACACAGAUGGGGCCUCAGUUUA